GAGCCGCCAUUACCCAGACCGAGAGAGACAAUAUGGCCUCAAACAGCGGAGACGUCCUGCCAACCUACGAGCUGCAAGAUUCUCAGACGUCGAAGUUGAUAAGAAAAUCCAAGGAGUCUCCGUUUGUGCCAGUGGGUAUUGCUGGGUUUGCUGCAGUUGUAGCCUUUGGACUGUAUAAGCUAAGAAACAGAGGAGACACCAAAAUGUCCGUGCACCUUAUACACAUGCGUGUAGGAGCUCAGGGGUUCGUUGUCGGCGCAAUGACGUGUGGUGUUCUGUACUCCAUGUACAAGGAGUAUCUGGCCAAGCCCCAGGAGUAAAGGACAACCACCAGCUAUUCCCUUGGCACAGAGUGACGAUAUGGACCUCACAUUGGGGUGGCAUUUUUAUUUAAUUGCAUAAGGCCCCUUUCUGCGGGGAGAUCCUGCAACACGUUACAGACAAAUCCAGCAGCUUAGGGGGUUGAAUGUUUUCGCUUCUUAUUCAAAAAAAAAAGACACUGAAAUCCACUUCUGGAAAUGAGCGUGUUUAAAGUCUAUUUUAUAUUUUUAUUUUACAA